ACGCAAGGAUCGCAACGUCAUAUUGAAUCUGGGUUAAGAAACAAUUCUGUAAUGAGCGAAUACACUAUGGUUGUCGCUGCCGAUUACAGGUCCACUUCUCAAAUAGAAUUCGUCAACAGACUAGACGAACGACUUGAAUGCCCAAUCUGCAAGAACGUUUUCUUUGAACCCUGGCAGACAUCGUGUGGGCAUCGAUUCUGUAAAAACUGUUUUGAAGGUCUCCUUGGGCUGGGGAAUCCCAAAUGUCCAAUCGAUGGGAAACCGAUAUCCCGAGAUGAAUCUUUCCGAGACAAAUGUUGUGAGAGAGAAGUACUUAAUCUUCAGUGUUUCUGUCGAUACAAGGAAAGAAGUUGUGACUGGAAGGGAGAAUUCAGGCACUUAAAGGCACACAAGGAAAGCUGCCAGUAUGGUGACGCACAGUGUGCAGCUUGUGGUGAAACCAUGGAAAGAGGACAUCUCAAACGGCACAGAGAAAAUGACUGUGUAAACAGGGCUGUUGCCUGCGCAUACUGUGGUGGCGAGGUUCGUCAAAGCAACAUGAAGGAUCAUUUGGAGGUUUGUCUCAAGUUUCCCAUCAGCUGCAUCCUAAGCUGUGGCAAAGAAGAUAUACCGCGUGGCAUGAUGGAGGAGCACGUGACCACUCACUGCCCAAAAGCAGAACAUCUUUGUCCUUUCAGUUGUCACGGCUGUGAAUUUAAGGGAAAUGCAGAAAACCUUGAUCAACAUAUUAAGUCCAGUAUUGAGUCCCAUCUGGAUAUGAUGAACCACUCAACUCACGAGCAAAGCAAGAAGAACAAAGAGAUGGAAGAGAAAGUCUCUCAUCUGGAAAACGAGAAAAGGACUUUGGAGCAACAACUUCAAAAUCAAACCGGAGAACUAGCGGCUGCCAGACAGAACAUACAAACGCAGCACACAAAAAUAUCCAUUAUAGAAAAGUCAGUACUUGAACAAAAGAAAGAAAUUGAAAACCUUCUUCGCGGCUUGAAAACUUCAGUGACCCCAAGUGGUGCAAACGCAGAUGUGGUCUCUUCUCAGAUGGAGGAGAUUAUGAACGCGAUAAAAAGACACGAAGAAAAAGUCAACAACUUGCAAAGUGAACUGGCCCAUCUGAAGAUAUCAGCCGCGACACCAAAUGGUCAUGAUUUCAGGGUCAACUCUUCUUCGUCUCGUGAGUGCGAGCGUCGAUUGGACAGAGCAGAGCAUCAAUUGGCUUUACAUGANCUGUGA